AUGGGUCUCGAUAAUCACAAACGCAAAAUGAGCAUUUCACUUAGUAUCACCCUCACAUGCCCCUCAAACAGAGGCCAGAGCGAGCAUCUGGAUGGACGGCAGGGGGAAGGAAGCACAACCUCGGUUCGUGACACGCUUCCUGUUUGCCCAAAUCCCUCAAGUCCAAUCCGAAGCGUCAUUUUCCGCCUCUUAAGGGGGUUUCUAGCGAACACGGUUUUCUUUUGCUGUGUUUAUUUGAUGCCGCUGGUCUGCGGUGAUCGGUGUGGGCCCCUUUGUGCCCGGGGUCACACCCUGCCGAAGAGACGUUUAUUUCCACUGGGUUCUGCUUUAUUCGCCACAGGAGGUGUUGCUUUUGCUGACAUAGGGAUCUGGCACGCAGCGCACGGCCCGGGCCCCACGCAAUGCUGUGUGCAGCAGGCGUCUGUUUCUCCUCACUCCAGACAAAAGCAGCACAUGGAAACUUCAUAUCAGUCAUGUGGUCUCUUCAUGGGCGAUGUUGUCGUCAUUGAUAAUUGCCUCCUCCAGAUUGUCAACUUGCAUGUAUUAGCAAGUGGGCCAGACGAGCACGGUGAGACCGAAGGAAUCCGACUUGUGUUUUUUUGGAGGGAUGUAAAGUCGGCGUUCGCUGUGAUUGCUCAUCAUCGUCGGUGGAUCCCUCUGAGAAAGAAGGGAGAUAUAAUGGCUCUUGCGGAAAAAAACAGCCGCUGGCCUCGGGAAAGGGAUUUGGGUGUCUGGAGACAAGCAGGACCAUAUGGAGCGGGCUAAGAUAGCAAGGCACACGUUCAGAAUAAUGGAUGAUGUGUCAUGUUUCAUGUUGCUAAGAAGCCAUCAAGAGACCUGGUUGGGGGAAAUCAAAAGACGUACGUACAGUAAAAGCGACUGUUUCUGCGUUUAAAGAUUUCGCUGCUUCCAUCAGCCCACGUUUGCUCUCUGUUGGCUGAACCCAUUAAUGGG